AUGAUUGAAGGUUUAGUGACGAAGGUAUUGAAGUAGUACCUAUACUCAUACUUGCAAAAUUUUGACUCGUCCAAUUUAAAAAUAAGCUUGCUAAGGGGUCGGGUAGAUUUAAAGGAUUUAGAACUUAAUGACAAACUACUUAAGAACUUGCCGUUUCCUCUAAAGCUAAAAUAUGGUAGAAUUGGAAGUAUUUCCAUUGAAUUACCAUCUUUCUUAUAACUUAAACAUCCGAAGAUAAAGGUUUCAGUAUCAGAUAUUUUUAUAUGCCUCAUAAUGAAGCCAAUGGAUGAGUGGAACUAAUAAGUUAUAUUUGAAGAGUAUCAAGAGGACAAAUAACAGACAUUAUAAAAGCAAGAGGAAGAUUCUAAGUACAUAUUCGAGGAAUACAAAGGUGAUUAGGAGAAAAUGAAUAAAUAUGUGCUUGAAGUGAUUCAAAAUGUGCAAAUCAGUAUAAAGAGGAUUUACCUCAGAAUGGAGGAUCCUGAAUAUCCCUACGCGCUAGGGGUACUUUUACCUUCUAUCUAAGUAGAUACAACAGAUAGAUUUUGGAAUAAAAUUGAUCUAGUAAAAGACCCUGAGAUAAUGUUUAAAAACAUAAAGAUUUAAGACUUUCAAAUAUUUCUAGAAAACGAUAAAGAAAAUUCUCAAAUAGACAAGAUAAUUAAGCUCAAAGAAUUCAAAGAUGCAGACAAUAAAUAGGAAAUAAUCCAAAUGAGGCUUUAACAACAUAUCGAUCAAGCCUUCUCGGACGAAUUCAAUCCAGAUAACAUCUUGCAUAAAUUUUAGUUGGAUAUAAGAUUCUAAUUCAUUCUUGACAAAAUCAGAGUUUUAGAAAAUAAUCUAUAUAAAGACGAUCCAGAUAUCAAGAUAUCCGUCAUGUUUGGAAAUAUGUUCGAUACCUUGACUGAGAAAAAUUGGUUGAGGUUAAAGGUUUGCGAAGCUUAAAUCCAUGCUUUAUUUUAAUUUCUGACAUUUACUGGACUCUAUAACACAUACAGAUUGGGAGUACUAAGAAAAAUAUUCGAAAGAACACUUCAUGUUCAAAGCACAGAGAUUUAGGAAUACAUAUAGCUUUAUCAUUAGCACCUUUACUAUAAAAAUAAGGGAAAUACCAAGAAGGCAGGCAAAUUGUUUGAAAAGCUAUCUAAAAUAGAAGAUUAAUUUAGAAUUGAUCUUAUUUUUAUGCUGAGAAAGGCUAAUCACUAUAGAAAUGACAAAUUAAGAGAACUUGAGUCAAUGAAGCAGAGAAUUUAGUCGAAGGGAUUACUAUCCAAAAUACCUUUCUUUGGGAGAAAAGAAAAUGAAAUUUAAUAAGACAUGCUUCUAAAUGAAAGAUAGGCUGGCCUCUCUGAUGAAUAAGUAGUUAAGAUUAAGAAGAUUGAAUUAGGCUAUGGAUUAAUUAGGCAUAUGUAUUAAAUGAGAUACGAGAGAGGGAUGAAAGAACUAGAGUAAUAUGCUUAGCUGAAGCAUGACCCUUACUUAAACUUAGAGUAGAUUAAAGAAAACUAUGUUAUGAUAUUUGAGUUUAACAUGCCGAAAUUUUAAUUUGAGAUUUAUGAUGAUUAGCCUAGAGAAGAAUUUAGAGAUAUAUAGAAGUCUCUUAACUUCAGCUAAGAGUCAAUUAAGAAAAGUGGCUUAAGAUUUGACAUUCCUAACUAAAGCAUAAGUGAUGCAGAUGAUGAAGAGAUUAAGGUAGAAGAGUACCCAUAGACUCAUUUACCAAGCCAAUAAACUAUUAAAAAAAGAUAUAAAAAUCCUCCUUUCUUUGAUUCAGUCAUUGAAGGAUUAGAGGUGAUUCUAAGGUCUGAAAGCAAACCCAAUUAUUUUUCGAGCAGCAUCAAUCUCCAAAACAUUUUUAUUCUUGAUCACUAUUCCCCAAAUAAAGAUCUUCCUUUCGUGAUUUAAACUGUCAUUUCAGACACAAUCUAGAUGUCAAGCAAAGAAAAAAGAUAAAGUUAAGCAUUAGAAAUACUUUAUGAAAUUAGUCCUAAAAACAGUAAAGUAGCCACUCAAAGAUUAAAGUUUCAUAAUUUGGGAUAGUCCUACAUUUAUGCCAACCUCUCAUUUGCAGCUAAAAUGCUUAAGCUUUGGACACUUAUUAUAGCAAGAGUAAAUGAGAAUUUCGUACGAUUGAUUGAAAAAUCUCCACCUGAUGUGAGAAAAGAUAUAAAUAGAGGAUCAUUUUAUGAAGAAAUGCUACAAAAGGCAAUAGAGAAAAAACAAGAUGAAUUUUAUGAAAUCCUUUAAAAUUUAGCCUAUGGAAACUAUGAGCCCCCAAGUAUAGACAUGGAUAUUAAGUUGAUUUCUCCUAAGGUCAUUAUCUAUGAAAAAUUGCUAAAUGAUGAUUAGUGUAUAGAAUAGACUCCAGUUACGUUAAUAAUUGAUUUGGGAUUGAUUGAAGCUUCAACCAAUUUGAUUGAGAAGAUGAAAGGAUAUGAUUAUACUAAAGCCUCAGACUAGUCUAUCCUCUAUGAUACCACAUUAGUCAAAUUCGGAAAAUUAAAAGUAGUUUGUGAUUAUGAUCUUUAGAUAAUAAAAACCUUUCAAGGCUUUUAGGGAGAAAGAGUAUCAAGUCUUAAUUCUAAAAGGCUUUUGGAUGAUUAUAUGUCUGACUACUAUUCGGAUAGUAGAUCUUAAAAUUGGAGAUUAAGUGAUAAGAUGUUGGAAAUUUCAAAUGAGAUUAAUUUUGGUUUCGAAUUGAAAACGUGUCUCCUAAACUUAUCAAGAAAAGUUACUUAAAGCAUUUUUAUCUUGUAAAAUUUGGUCACAUAAGGAAAAUUCAUGACUCAAUUCAAUCUAUUUGCAAAUGCUCCACCCCCAAGGCCACCUGAAAUUAUGGAUUCUGAUUUAAUAUAGAAAGAUGCCGAUGCUAAUUUUGAAACAAUUGGCUCAGAGGAAAAAAUGGCUUUUGAUACUGCAGUAGAAGAAGUACGCCAAUAGUAUAAAUCAGGAAAGUAUGAUGAGGCGAAAAAAGCUGUCUCUGUUUAGAUUAACAUGAUAUUCUCAAGAAUGACGAUUUCAUUCAAAGAGAUAAAUGAGGAAUUAAUCUCUGGGAGCAAAGAUAUCUUUGAUUUUGAGAUUUAAUAAAUCAAAGGAAGGCUCACAUUUCAGCCUAAGAUAAUGAUGAGUUAUAGCUUCUUUAUUUAAAAGCUACUUAUCACCUAUUAAGACCAAGAUUAAGAUACUUCUAACUUCAAAUAUCUUAUUCUGAAUCCAAAUACAGAAUUUGAAGAUAAAAUUUUGAAAAAGUCCAACUCUGAGAUAAGUCCAAUCAAAAAUGUUUAAAAUACUAAAACACUCUUAUCACAUUACCCUAAGACAAAAACUCAGGUAUCCUUUGAGAAUAGAUAUACAAAUCAUAAUUAGGAUCAUUUUAUAAGAUUUUUCUGGGAAACACAAGAGAUAGUAAUAGAUUUUGAUGAUUUCUACAAUUUUUAUCCAGAACAUGAAGUAUAAUCUUUUUCUAACUAACUAAGCAUCUGCUUCACAGAAAUUGGUGACGAAUAAGAAAUGAAAAUAAACAUUUCUCAUUUAAGAAUAGUAUUUAUUGUACCUCUACUUUAUACCAUUGUCAAAGUUUAUGCUGAUUUUAUGAUAGAUAUGUACUAAAUAGAGAGACUGAUUAAAGAUUUCAUGGCAUAAAAAGAUCAAAUUAAGAAACUAUAAACAGUUAAGAGCUUUUAAACUUAAAGGACAAAGAUGCUAAAGAAGUAGAAUACAAAGUCAAAUUUAUUUGAUUCAAUUGCAUAAGAUAGAGAUAGUACCAAAAAAGCUCCAAAGACAUAAUUUGUUCUUUAGUCAGCUUAUCAAGAUCAAGAUGCUUAGAUGAAAAAGCUUGCAGUUCUAAAGAAACUUACUAACGCAAAACGUGAAUAAUAAAAAGUUCCAGAAGCAGUCAAACAUAUCCCCUAAAAAGAUUAAAUAUAGGAAAAAAGAAUUGUAUCUCUUAAAGUCUAUUUGAAGGCUGAAAUGCUGGAGGUAUUGAUUCCAACAAAUCUUCAUGAUAAGUCUUCACUCUGCUUAAAAAUGGGUAGCUCACUGAUUGUAGAAAUGGGAAGUAGAACGAAUUAUCUAGAUCUCUUUAUGAACGAUAAAUGGAAGACAUGGAUUAGCUCCACAAGUAAUCAUGGACUGAUUUCAACUAAUAAAUUUGCAGAAUAGCAACAAUAAUAGCCUUAAAAGAUUUAUCUACUACAUCCAUACGAAUUAAAGAUCAUUAUGAAAUCCUAUAGUGAAGUUCUAAGUGAUUCUGAGAAUUAUCAAAAAUCAGAGAUUUCAUAUAUUGGAAGCAAACCCAUAAAUCUUUCUGCAGGACUAGUUGAGCUAAAUUCAUAUCUGAUACUAGGCCAAUUAUUUUUCAACUUCCUUAACGAAGUACUGAAACUCUUAAAAGACAUUGAUGAUGCUGCUAAUCCAAAAGAUUCUGAAAGAAAAUCUGAACUAUAGACUAAGUUAGAAGAAAUGGAAAAAUAUAUAAUGGGAUAACAGUCUAAUUAAAAAAGAUAUACUCUAGAGGAAAUAUUAACCAAUGAAAAGCUGCUAAGAAACAAAGUAAAAAAGGUUUAAUCUCUCUGGCUCAAAGGAAAGAAUUUGGCUUUGGCAUCAAUUAAAAGAAAAGAUUUUUUUGAAUUCGUUCAGAUUUUUGAUAUCCCAGGGAUUCACAUGCAUUUCGAAGACAACUUAUCUGCAUAAAAUCUUUCAUUGGUAACUUUGAAGAUUGAUAAUGUGGCAAUGGUAAUAGAAAGCAGAGAAUUCGAUGUUAAAAAUCUAUAUAGAAUGGAAAAUCUAUUUUAGAUUGAAAGGAUAACGGAUGAUGAAAAUCUAAUGUUUUUCAAGAUGAAUGCCAAAUUCUCAUUGAUUGGACUAUAUUUCAACAAAAGCAAUAGUUCAGAAGAAUCUUUCAUUGAAGAAUAUCCCUUUUAAAUGGAUCUCAGGUAAAUGUCUCCUUUAUCAAAACUUAGACAAGAGUUCAAAAGUGAACAGAUGCUCAACAUUAAUCUGACCUAUGGAUUUGCAGCAAAUAUUCAGAGAGUAAUAAGAACCCUUCUUGAGAUGGAGGAAAACUAAAGAAAUAUGUAUUAUAGCUAAGUACAAACUCCAAUGCCUAUUCAUAAAUUAAAACUACCCACACUAGAAAAUAUUUAAAGUAAAAGAUAAUCUAGUAUGAAUGCUUAGGCUUUCAGCCCUAGACAUAUUGGGUCUUAAUUAUUUAGCACACCUAUUCAAUUAAUAACCAACAUGUAUAAUAUCAAAGAGGAAUCAAAAGAAAGAGAUAGAGAAUCCAAUAAUAAAAUUUAUUAAGAUGAUUCUAUUAGCGAUAAAGAUGAGAGUUUUCAUACUGCUCGAGAUACAUAAGUGGACAUAUCAGAAGUAGAAUUUCACAACACAACUGAAUUAGAUAUAAGGUUUUGCUUGAGCGUCUAUCAAGAUCUUUUAAAGAAAAAGCAAUUCGAAAAUGAACAUAUUUAUAGACUUGGAGGAAAAGAACAUAAAUAAAUGGAUAUGUCAAUCUUCAGAAAAGAUCUUGAAAAGAAUUUUACAAGUAUAAAACAUAAAUAGACAAAGCUACCAAUCAAAAUCGAUUUCUAAUUGGAGGGAUUUAAAAUCAUCAAAAGUAUAGUCUUGUAGAGAAAUGGGAUUUUUGGCUACUAUUUAGUUGAUGAAACCAAAAAGAAAAGAGAUUUUUUGGGAAAUCAAAAUUCAGAUAUCUCAUGUAUUGUGAGGAUCACAAGACACGAGUAAAAGAUAGAUGUAUACUUCGAGUCCAGCUUAAUAAUCUUUAAUAAUUGCAAUUACACUGUUAAAUUGCAUGCAUUAAAUGCUAUUCAAACUAUAGAAGUACAAAUCAGAAAAGAUAAAGUUGUUAACACACCACUUACAUGGUUUAAGUAUUUGACUGAGCUUUAGUUUAUUAAUAAUUUAUCCCACAAAGAAGAUAAAAAUCCUCUGCUAAUAAAGAAGAUUAGAAAAGCAUUUGACCCAAAUGUAAUUAGGCCUAAUAAAAAUCUGUCAAAAACUUUAAAGAUCACUGAAACAGAACACAUAUCUUUCGAUAUAUUUUACUUAAAGACUAAGACUAAUGUUGGACAGUUUUUAGUAGUAUUUCAACCGAUUUUGACUUUGCACAACCUACUAUUUACAGAGAUUAAAUUACAGACUCCUGGAACCAUAGAAACAAGAUAAUCCUUGGCAUUACUUAAAACUAAUGUUUAAUAAGAUCUUACCUGCAUAAAUCCACAUGAAGAUGACGAUCCUAAAAAGUAGAUAGUUAUAAGACACAAGGCUAAAGCUGGACUGAUAUAUGAAAAAGAAAUGCAGAUAAAUCUCAAGAAAGUUAAGAAGCAUAAAGAUUGUUUUUUCAGCAAAGGCUUUAUCACUACUCUAAAUAACACUGACGAGAAAGACUAAACAGUCCCUACCAUUGUCUAAAUAGUAUUCGAGAAAGUAAAGCAAACUUCGUGCUUGAAAGAGACAGAAUAUGACAAUUUUUAUCUCAGACAGAUAAUCUACAAAAAGACUAAGAGCAUAUUUUUCAAAAUUUACGCCCCAUAUGUUGCAGUGAACAGAACUGAAGAGUGCAUUAAUAUACUUGGAAUUAGUAGGAACCCACCAUUGAUGAAUCCAUUCUCAAAUAUUUUGAUAGCACCUAGACAGAAAAGGAUUCAAAUCUAAAUCUAAGAUUAUGAGGCAUCUAAACCAUUCUUGAUAAACACAAUUGGGAUUUCUGGUACUAUUUAAUAGUACAAAAAUAUCAAAGCUAGCCAAGACGAUAAGAAAGAUGUUCAUUCUUAAGAUGUGUCUUGCAUCAAUGAAAAUAUUGAGAUUGGUACUUACAUAUCAAGUUGUCCUCAUCCAUAUUCGAGAACAAAAGUUAUCAAAUUCCAGCCAAGAUAUAAAAUUAUAAAUCAGAUUGGCUUAGUCAUUGUUUUGAAGGAAGAAAAAUCUAAUUAAUAAACAUUCAUAGUCCCAGACGAUGAGAUAACGAUGAACUUUAAGUAUAUCGACCCAAGACUUCUAAGAAUUAGACUUAUAAAUGUCGAGAAGGAGACCAAGAAAACAGAAAGAAAUAAUCAAAAUUAAUGCUUUGAUGAGGAAUUCAAAAAUGGAUUGCUAUCUGAAAAUUUUAAGAACCUACCAGAUGGCUAAUUACUUUCUAAAAGAUCUGGAGACGAUUAGUAGCUUUUACAAUCUUUCUCAAAUAACAAAAACCUAAAUGAUAAUGAACACUUGCCUAGCAGGAGAGAAGCAUCGAUGAUGGAUGAGGGAGAAGCUUACUAAAUAGACGCUCUGAUUCAAUUAAACGCUGAUUCUGAGGACAGAAGAGAAGUAUGCCUUAAUUAGACAUAUUGCUAGUAUCCCGACUCAACUGAUAGAAGUAUCUGGAGUUACAAAUUUGCAGUAAAGGAUCUAGAUGAGUUUCAGAUAUCUUUGCCCAAUUAGAUGAAUAAUAUGCCAUUUUUAUAAGGAUAGAAACACGGAUGGCAGCAAAGAGAAGAUAAAUUCAUAGUCAGAGUUAAUAUCUCACCUAGCUCAGAGAAUGAUGCUACACUUUACAUCACCUUUAGCUAUCCUUGUAACUGA